AUGCAGCCAGCCAUUAGAUUGCGCCUUAUUGCUAGCGCCUGGCUUCUGGCGCGGAUUACGAAGCAGCGGCAGCCCGUUUCUGACGUCGGCAACUUGAGUCUUUUAGGCUUGAUUUUCCUGGAAGGGUUGCGCAACUAUUCGAGUACUUCGCAACAGGCAGACAACGGGCUUACCGAUGCGAUUAGCGAAUGCGAAGCUGCUAGGCCGUUUGAGGUUGACCUAAGCCGCAUUAAUAAGCAACCUCGAAUUGUCGUUGACCCCACGCAAGCAGUCGCAGAUGAGCCUAGCCAUAUUAGGAUAACAGUACCCUGGCACGCUGCUCCACGUGUGGGGCUCAAAGGCGACUUCCGUGCCGGGCGCCUUUCGGCAGCCUCAGCUGUCUUUGUCAGCAGAUCAAAUCCAGUGAUUGACGGAGAUGUGCAUUUCUUGAUCGAGCAAUUGCGGUCCAGUACAGUGUGA